CCGGUUUCUGGAGGCCGGCAACGAGCGGCAACAGCGCGACCGCAUCGGCCGGCUCAAGAACGACUGUCUGGGCGAGCUCUGGAACAUCACAGUGAGAAUGCACGUGUUACAUGAAUUAAAUUGGACGAAAUUAGUAUACGAACCGCUGCACAAGUUCGAGACUCAGAUCAUAUCAACGAAAAACAUACAAGGAUACGACAGCAAAAACACGGAACAGUGGUCAUUAACAGGCGCGUUAUUAUACUCGGUCACAGUUAUCACAACGAUCGGCUACGGUAAUUUGGCACCGAAAACACCAGAAGGCAAAAUCGUAACUAUGGUCUACGCAUUAUUCGGCGUGCCGCUAAUGUUGCUGUGCAUAUCAAAUCUGGGGUCCCUGUUGGCCGGCACUUUUCAGUUCGCAUACUCCCACUCGUGCUGUUUCUCCAAAAGGAAAUCGGGAAAUCGGCGAGAAAAGUCAUCGAAAAAAUCUCCAUCGGCAGUUGGGGGAGGGUCAGUGCAACACACUCCACCACCUCCACAACAGUGCAACACAAGUCAUCACCAAAGGGCAGAAUUGUCGCCUAAAUCACGAAAACAGCAAAUAGGUAGCAACGGAGGAAGACCUGUAUACCGUUUGACGUCCGAGGCCAAACAUGUCCUGUGUGAAUGCGCUGAAUACCAACUCGCCAACUCGCCAACACACGACCACGUGGCAGCGCAUAUCCUCAGGCAACUGGGCGAUCGUCCAGACUUGCCGGCGACGACAGCGAAACACGAAGAAUACACAUACGACGACAGUGUUGGCGAUGACGACAACAGCGAAGACUGUUAUCAAUGUCAAAUGUACAGCGGAACGCACGGAACGCCCAGCCGACUGCCGCUGCUAAGCGGCAACCGUCAACAGCAGCGGCGGCGUGGCGGUGGCGCGGACAAGGACCGACGACACAGCGCCGCCUCGUCCGAACACUAUCGUCGCGAGGUCGCUGCGGCGGCGGCGGCCGCUGCCGCUGCGGCCGCCGUGGCCGCGACCAACAGCAAGCGGCCGAACAAGAGGCGCAACGGCGCUCCGCCCGGCGUACCGGUGGCCCUGGUGCUGCUCGUGUUGACCGGUUACAUCUGUCUGGGCGCGGCCGUGUUCGCCGCCUGGGAGGGCUGGACGUUCAUCGACGGCGCGUACUUCUGCUUCGUCACGCUGUCCACGAUCGGGUUCGGCGACCUGGUGCCCGGAAAAUCGUUCCAGGGCACCGACACGCAAAACGGUCAGCUGCAGCUGGUCGCGUGCUGCGGUUACCUGCUGUUCGGCCUGGUCCUGAUCGCCAUGUCGUUUUCGCUCGUCCAGGAGGAGGUGGUGUCGAAGUGCCGGCACGUCGCCCGCUACGUGGGCCUACUCAAACAGCCGCCCCGGCCCGGCACGCAGCCGUACGCCCUGUAAUGCCAACCGCACAUCCCCGGACCGCCCGCGCCCCGCGUCCUCCCCGCCCGUAACCACAGUCGGCCCUUAUCUCAUCUCGUGCGCUAAAAAAAAAAAAAAAAAACGAAAAAAAAAAAAUGAAAAACCAGUCAGAAUUUAAAAACGCGUCCGAAAACGUUGUGCGCGCCCUGCGCAAAGCAUAAUCAGACCACGACAGCACCGCGUCACGCGUUGUACCCGACGAGUACAGAACGACAAAACCUACUUUUGAAUACGCUGUCAAACGAGACCAACAAUUAGUAGGCAAUAGCCUUUCCCGUAGCAGCCCGUCCGUACCGAUUUGUGUCGAAAGCCCGACGUUUGCAAUUUUGAACUUUCCGGGACGCUGUCGUUUUUCUCGGGAGGGGGGGGGCUGUGGGGAAAACGAUGUGAUGAGAACCAGCUGUUGCACACGUUUCAAUAUAGGUAAUAUUAAAACGGAAUUCGCAUCUACAAACCGCACCCGACAGUAUCACUCGAUCGAUCGCUACGAUAUGUGCGUUGUGUGCGAUAAUGUGACGUACGAUCUAUAAUACGUUUACCAACGCUGUUUUUAUAAUUUGAAAACCCUCGACUUUAGCUCGGCGCGAGUGAGUCUGUACCCCGAACUCUCCAUAAAGUAUAGCGUACAUUAUACGGUCGUAUAAGGAAACAACCCCUACGGCGACCGAUUUCCUCUCACCUUUUUACUUGAUCGCUUUCUCUCGCCCUCUCUCACUGUGUGUGUUCGUGUGCUCUACUGCUCUGUCAGCCUCUCGCACAACUUGCUGUCUGGUAUGCCCGAAACGCGCACACCUGUUGACAUGAAAUUUUAUGUAAAUACGCAGAAGUUUUUGAAUCGUCUCCAUAUCAUUGGUAGGUACCUACAACGAAUAAUUUAUUCGAACACGGUUCCCAAACAUCGUUGUUGCAAUUAUUGUUCAACGAUUUGUUCAAAAGUCUUAGCAAACAAAAAUCACUUUCACGCCAUAACGUUAUAUCUAUUAUUACAAUAAUAUUAUAUUGUUGUGACACGCUGUGUAAAUUACCUACUGGGAAACGUUGGUUUGGACGAGUACCUAACGACUAAUAUUACUGACACGUAGCCUAUUAUACUAUUUGCGUUGUGUCCAUCACUCCGUUCUAAACUAAAUAUACCUGCUUGACAUUUUCCUCCGUAUGAAAAAAAUAUAUCACCCGUACAACUGCUGCGAACGACGUUUAUAAGCUUAAAAAAGUUGAUUUAUUAUAUUAUUGUGUUAUGUUGACGUUUUUUAAAACUAGUUUUAUUCUUUAUGAUGCAUAAGUAUUAUCAUAUCGGAAUAGAUGCCUCCUAUUUAUUGCUGUAUCAAACAAAAACUGAAAAACCACGUACCUUUAUAAAAUUAUCGUUUUCUAGUCAAAUGUACCUAUAAAAUUAUUGUAUU